AUGCACCAUUCUCCACAGAUUACACCAUCCGGUUCCAACCCGUGUGUUAUUUGUACUAACUCAGUAGAUGAGUCCUUGCAGGUUCCUCAUUCUCUUGCAGGUCCCCCUUCACCGUUGUUGGAUCCCAGACUGCCUCCUGUUGAGGCUGCCAUUGAUCGUUCAGCUCAUGCUCUCCCAUCCACUCCAACAUCAUCAUUGGGUUCUCAUCCCAUGAUAACACGAGCUAAGGCCGGCAUCUUUCGAACUCGUCAUCUGGCGGAUCUCAGUAUCUUGGCACCCUCUGGACUUCUUUCUGCCCUACUUGCUUCUACUGAGCCCAAAGGAUUUAAAUCUGCUGCUAAGAAUCCUGCCUGGCUUGCUGCUAUGGAUGACGAACUGCAACACCUUAUUCGUCAUCGAAGUACCCAAAUCAAUACUCCUCCUUACCCAGUUCCUCUACAUGCGGAGGCCAAUCCCAAUUGGGUUAACGGACAGCACCUGUCUGGGCUCACAAUGCAGCCUCUCCAGCCCUACGAGGAACCCCAGAAGGCAAUAACCAUUCGCAACGUUGUUGGUUUGAAGAAGGAGACCUUAAGAAUAGAGCCAGAUGAGGCGAAUCCUGGAAAAUUCCUCGUUGCGUUCACUUUCAACGCCGCAGUGUCUGGAAGGUAUAAUAAGUUUCAAUUGUAUGUUCUUCAUGAGAAUUAUGUGUUGUUUGUGACUUCUUGUUAUGUGAUGAAUUCAAUGCUGGGCUAA